CAUUUCGUGAAAACUUAUCAAGCGCUACAAAACGAGUACAAAUCUCUAAAAGACUUAUAUCUUAAAGAAGAAACGGAACACAAUAAUCAAAAAUCUGAAUUCAUGAAAGUUUAUCAAGCGCUUCAAAACGAACACAAUAUUUUAAAAGACCUAUAUCAUAAAGAAGAAAAGGAUUGGAAAAACGAGAGGAAGGUAUACCAAGAAGCUAUUCUUAAUUUCCAACUUAGAACUAAUGAAGAGAAUAAAAAGUUAACUAUCGAGUUAAACAAGAAAGACUUAUUGUAUCAGACUCAUCGUCAAAACUGGGAAAACGAGCGUUUGAAGAACAAAGAAAUAAUCGAAGAUCUUCAAAACAAAGUCAUUUCUUUAAAAACGGAAUCGGCUCAAUUGGAAUCUAAGUAUAAAAAGUUAACUAUCGAACUAGACAAGAAAGAUACAUUGUAUCAAACUGAUUAUCAAAACUGGGAAAGCGAGC